CAACAGGGCUUUUAUUUUGAAAAUUGUGUGGUGGGUUGAGGCGCUGUGGGAAAGUUAAACAGUUCCUUCCCCGUUUUGCUGUAGAUAUUUAAUAGGUUUGCUUUUCUUGAUUUGUGUGCAUUUAGCAGUUUUGAGCUGAAAAAUGAAAAAUGAAAGCAGUGAGGGUCAUGAAGCUGAAGAGUAUGUCGGACUCGCGGAUUUUGUUGCUGAAGGAGAUGAGCAGCUUAGUUUCUCAGUUGGUGAUGAACUGCUGGUCCAUGACAGGAGUUCAGACGUGUGGUGGUGGGCUGAACUGCACGGGCACUUUGGAUAUGUCCCAUCCAGCUAUUUGCACAAAAGAGUAGAGGAUGUAGAAGAUGCUUGGCAAGACGACGAAUACUUUGGCAAUUAUGGGACAUUAAGGCUUCAUUUGGAGAUGCUGUCAGAUAAACCCCGCACAGAAACAUACAGGCAGGUGAUCCUGAGUAAUAGCGCCACCCUGAAGGGGAAGGUGGUCAUGGACUUGGGCUGUGGGACAGGGGUCAUCAGCCUCUUCUGUGCUCUUCUAGCACAACCUGCAGCGGUAUAUGCUGUGGAGGCCAGCUCAAUGGCAGAACACACUGAGAAACUAGUGAGGCAGAAUGGCUGUGAGGAAGUCGUGACAGUGUUUCAGGACCGAGCCGAAAAUCUCACUCUUCCUGGGAAAGUGGAUGUUCUAGUGUCAGAGUGGAUGGGCAACUGCCUUCUGUUUGAGUACAUGUUGGAGUCAGUGUUGCUGGCACGUGAUCGCUGGCUGAAGGAGGGUGGAAUGAUGUGGCCGUCCUCUGCCUGUCUGACCGUCGUUCCUUGCCAGGCCUUCUCUGACUACGGGCAAAAAAUGGAGUUCUGGGAGAAACCCUAUGGCCUAGACUUCAGCUACCUACAGUUACUUGCACAGAAAGAGCUUCUCUCCAAGCCUAAAUUCAGCCAUCAUCUCCUACCUGAGGACUGUUUGUCCUCUCCAGCUGAUGUUAUCACUCUUGAUAUGAUCACAAUACAGGUCUCAGACUUAGAGAGACUCGAAGGAGAGUUUAAUUUCACUGUUGAGAAGUCAGGCAUGUUCCAUGGUUUCACUGUCUGGUUCAGUGCACAUUUCCAGAGUUUAGAAGAGGAUGGACCAUCACUGGAGUUGAACACUGGACCAUGUUCAGAGAUCACUCACUGGAAACAGACUCUUUUCAUGUUGGAUUCCCCAGUGACAGUCGAGGAAGGGGACAUUAUACUGGGGUCCAUACGUCUGCAGAGAAAUCCAAUCUGGAGACGUCACUUGUCAGUCACAUUUUCAUGGAACAUAAACAGCACAGAAGUUUCUAAGGUCCAGACAAAGUGUUUUCCAAUGUGGAGGUGACCCUAAGACACAGCCAUGAACUUUAAACAGAACCUUGUCUUUCUUUUUGCUGUUGCAUAAAACAUGACACUACAAAUCUUAACCUCAUAAAAACCUUUAUAAAAGGAAUUUUCAGGCCUCAUUUAGCUUGAUAAAACUGACAAGGUUAAAGUAAAAUUCACUAGAUUUUGUGCAGGUCUCAGUAAUUAUAUAUUUUUCUGUAUUUUUUUAAAUAUAGUAAUAAGAUGAUCUGAAUAACAAUAAUGGAGUGGGCAAAGCCCUUCUAUUCUCCAACUGCGUCAUCAAUGGCAGUUCAGCAUUUCCUGGAACAAUAGCACACUUCGCUAGCAGAGAUGUGUAGUGCAACUCCAACUCAGGAUAUUACAUGGUUUCCAGUCAGGCUGGCACAUUGAAUUCUUGUCUGGGAUCAUAAACGCUUUCUCUCACUGCACGCAGUGCAUGUGCCAGUUUAAUUACAAAGAAGGGCUUAAAAAUGUGGUGCUGCCACAUUGGUCAUAAUAUAUGUAUGGUGAGCUGUCUUACUGUACGGUGAUGCAUAACAUGUAUUUAACAUGUAUUUUGGCAGGCGAGCAGUAGCGCUUUUCUUGCUGCCUGGCAUUUGUCACCGUAAGAAAAAAUUGCUGGUGCUUGUGAGAAUUCUAGAUAAAACACCUAAAACAAAUGGAUCAAACUUAAAUUGGAGGACUAUCACAUCAAAAGAAAAAAAAAUAGACAAAAAGACUAUCUUUAUACCAUAAUCUUUUGAUUAAACCUUUAACUUUAUAUUAGCUUUGUGAGUGUAGAUUGUAGUCUAGCCAUUCAACUUCCUUUAUUACUAUUGUGUCUUCCUUCUCAUCUGGUUUCGCAGCUUCUGUUUUUCUGCAUAUGCACAUCUGCUGUUUUUUUUUUUUUUUAAUCCAAUGUAAAUUCAUGUUGACUCAUUUCCCAGGUUACAUAAACAUUACUUACGCUAUUAAAAAAAACCAAUACAUUAA